AUCCUUGCAUUACUGUUAGUGCUUCGACCGAUCAAGUUGCGAGUACUCGAUCUGUACUUUGUAUUAUUAUUUUUUUAUUAUUAUUAUUGUUAUUACUACCUACUACAUACGCACAGAAAAUGGUUUCCACCAGAACAGCAGCAAUCGUGGCCGUGUCCGUCGUAAUGGUCGUGUUCACUGCACAGGCCUACGGCGAAAGCGCGGAACUCGCCGAAUGGGCAAAACCCAUCCACGACAACAUCAAAAAUAUCGCAUCCAAGUUGAGGAGCAGCAGCAACAGCGAAAUCGUAGAAUCAGCCAAAAGUCAAUUCCUCGACUUUGUCGACAAAUUCAAAGGAAACGUCGCCACUUUCAACACAAACGUCCAAGCCAAGGCUGACGCUUCAGAUGCAGUAAAAGAGGCCGUAAAGAGUUUCAAGGCUAAAGUUGAGAACUACAAAGUCCCUACCAUCGAGUCCGAUGCAAACAAAGUUGCCGAUAAGUACGAAGGCGCUGCCAAAUUUAUCUUAUCAGAAGGACACGAAAUUGGUGUGAAAGCUAAAGGUUCUGAAGCUUCCGAAAACUAUAUUAAAGAGUUCGGCAAAAAGCAAAUCGACGAUUUAACCGCCAUCAUCCAAUCCGUAGCUAACAAAGUCGAUGGAAAAUCCGCCUAAAUGUUGUUGACCCAACGGAGACGUUCAACAUUUUCCCUUCAUCUUCAUCUUAAAUUCAAUUUUAACAACUAAAAAGCAUACAUGUUUAUUUGUUCUUUAUGUUCAUUACAAAAACUAUCAUGUCUUGUGUGAUUUGUUAAUUUAUUCUUAUUAAAUAAUUUAAUUUUCAUUUCGAA